CCUUGACAAGAACACAAGAGCAGCAAUUCGAAUUAAAUGAUUACAUUGAUUGUUGAGUGAGUUCAGUUAAAGAAGAUUGAAACACAAUAUUAAGGAAACAUUUCAAUUCAUGGAUCAUCAGAGAAUAGAAAUCAUACAGGAAGAAACAAUAAUUAAACAGAGUGAUAUCAAAACAGGUAUUCGUGAAGGAAUUGGCUCAAAGGAUCCAUUCAUGGAGAAGAAGCAAACAGCAAUGAUCGAAGAUGUAUCUACUCUGAAUUGCAAUAAACGCAAAGAAACCCUUUUGCAAAGAAUUAGCUAUUUGUCUGGUGACAUGAGAGAAUUUGGUUACUGGGUGAAAGAACAAAACAUCAUCUUUCAACUUAUUGACUGGAACCUACGGGGAAUUGCACAGGUGAUGUUUGUCAACAACCCACUGAGUGGGAUUAUUAUUUUGGCGGGACUGAUUGUACAGAAUCGAUGGUGGGCACUAAAUGGCUUUGUUGGAACAGUGUUCUCAACUGUGGCAGCAAUUUUGCUCAGUCAGAACAGAUCCGCAAUUGCAGCAGGGCUUUAUGGAUACAAUGGCACCCUGGUUGGUCUUUUGAUGGCUGUGUUUUGUGACAAAGGAGAUUGGUAUUGGUGGUUAAUGCUGGCUGUAAUCUUCAUGUCGAUGAUAUGUCCUAUUAUUUCAAGUGCCUUGGCUGCUGUGAUGGGAAGAUGGGGUCUACCUGUUUUCACUCUGCCUUUUAAUAUAGCUGUCGGCUUGUUCAUAGCUGCAACAGGGCACUACAACCAGCAUUUUCCUCAAAUAUUUAUUGGACCAAUGAGUUCAUCACCAAACAUUACAUGGUCUGAUCUUAGUGUUCCAAUGCUUGUGAGAGCUAUCCCCAUUGGUGUUGGACAGGUGUAUGGUUGUGACAAUCCCUGGACUGGCGGUAUUUUCCUUGUUGCAUUAAUUAUCUCAUCUCCACUGAUAUGUCUACAUGCUACAAUUGGAUCUACUGUGGGUAUACUGGCAGGAUUAACACUUGCUUCACCAUUCCAGAAAAUCUAUGAUGGAUUAUGGAGCUACAACUGUGUCCUGGCCUGUAUUGCAGUGGGAGGAAUGUUCUAUGCCCUUACAUGGCAGACCCACCUAUUGGCAAUAAUAUGCUCACUCUUCUGCGCCUACUUAGGAGAAGCCCUCAUGAACAUUAUGUCUGUGGUUGGAUUACCUGCAUGCACUCUGCCUUUCUGCCUCUCCACAGUUACAUUUCUGCUGAUGACAACUGAUAAUAAAGCCAUCUGUAAAUUCAAUCUGUCUGAAGUGACCUACCCUGAGAAGAACAUCAGAAUUUACCAAGAAAUGAAAAAAAAUGAACAAAGUAAAUGAAAAGAAUAUGAUUCAAAUAAUGUUAAUGAGAAGUACUACUGUGUACAAGAGAAAUGUAUAUGCAAUGCUUCCCUUUUAAUUACACAUUACUAAUUAUAUAACCUGCAUAUUGCAUAAAUGCCUCAAAUACCCUGAUUUUUUUCCACAGAUGAAAUGUGUGCCAUAUGAAAGAAUAUGUUCAUAUCCUUGAUGUAUUCAUUGCCCAUUUCAUUGUACUGCUCCAAUUCUAACUACUGAUGUUGAGAAGUCAAUUGGAUACCCUACAUUUGAGUAAAAUCCAUCAAUAUUUUUACAGAAUUCAGUUUGGCUCUUUAAUGAGUUAGUAUAUUGAAGGAAAUUGGACUUCCCAAAAAAAAACACAACUAAAUAUAAACAAUGUCCCAGGGUACUUGACAGAGAUAUAAACAGACAAAAAUGGGUUUGAAAAAGAGGAACUAUUGGAAAGGUUUGGCUAAGGAGAUUAGUUUUAAGGAGAACCUUCAAGCAAGAAUGGGAGAUGGAGAGGCAGAUAGAAUCUUGUCCCAAAGUGGACAAGAAAGAUGAAGCUGAAAGACAUACAAUUGAAAACUAAUUCAGUUGGAAGUGAGCAAAAUAUUAAGGUGAGAUAAGGAAGCUGUGAUUAUUUUUUUGAGACGUUCUUGGGAUGUAGGUAUUGCUGCCAAGACAGUAUUUGUUGCCCAUCUCUAAAUUACUUUAAGCUAAGUGGCAUGCUUGGCCAUUUCAGAGUUAACCAUUUUUCUGUGGGCCUGGAGUCACAUAUAGGCUAACCCAGUUACUGGUGACAAAUUUUCUUUCUGAAGAGACCUUCAUAAGCAAAUGGGUUUAUAAAUGAUCAAUAAUGACUUUAUGGUCACCAAUACAGAGUCUAACAUUUAAGUUCCAGAUUCACAAAUUAAAUUUUAAAUUGCACCAGAUACUGUGGUAGGACUUGAAACCUUACCCUGAGAUUAUUAGCCUGGGCACCUGGAUUACUAAGUAAAUAAAAUUACCAUUACCAAUACACCACUGCCAUUACCACUGCCUCCAUCUGAACAGAAAUGUAAACCUAAUGUAGUUGCUGUAAAGAAAGCUUGUCGAUUUUAUAUAACUCCCUUUGUUAUGAAUUCCUUUGAAUUAUUCUUGCAUUAUGAUGUAUCAAUCAACUGUGCAAACUGUUAAAUUGCUGCUAUUGCCAAACCAAAUUGUAGCUUGAGACAGUGCCUCCAAAACAGCAGGUGAGAAAACUGGAGAAGAAGAGUCUUUUGUACCUUUAUGAUUCUGAUCAAUGUGAGGCUGCUCUGGAUCCACAGUACAUUAAAAAUA